AUGGAACUGAGCAAUCAAACUCUGGUUGCAGAGUUUGUUCUACAAGGUUUUUCAGAGACACUUCAACUCCAGUUAUUCCUAUUUAUCUCUUUCCUCUUUCUUUACAUCGUGGCCCUCACUGGCAACAUGCUCAUCAUCAUGGCCAUCUGUCUGGACUCAAAUCUCCAUACUCCCAUGUAUUUUUUCCUUGCCAACUUGGCCAUUAUUGACAUAGGCUGCACAUCCACAGUUCUGCCCAAAUUGCUGGAGAACCUUGUGGAGAAGAAACCCAUUUCAUAUAAUGGCUGCAUGACUCAGUUAUAUUUCUUCUCGUGUUUUUUGGGGACUGAGCUUCUGCUCUUCACAGCCAUGGCUUACGAUAGGUAUGUGGCCAUCUGCCACCCCUUACGUUAUAGUACCAUGAUGAACAAGAUGGUUUGCAUGCUCUUGGUGGGCAGCGUAUGGGCCACCGGCACUUUCAGCUCAUCACUGCAAACUGGUCUGAUGGUACAAUUAACCUUCUGUGGUCCCAAUGAAAUUAACCAUUUCCUGUGUGAAGUCCCCUUUUUGCUACUGCUCUCUUGCAGCUCCACAUAUGUGAACAACAUCAUGAUAAUCAUUGCAGAUCUGUACUUUGGAGUUGUAAGUUUUGUGCUCACUCUGGUGUCCUAUGGCUUCAUCAUCUCCAAUAUUCUGAAGAUCCACACCGCGGAGGGGAAGAAGAAAGCCUUCUCUACCUGCUCCUCUCACCUCAUCGUGGUUACCAUCUAUUACACCACAAUCACAUACACUUACAUGCUUCCAGGCUCUAGUCCUUCAAUGGAUAAUGGCAAAGUGGUGGCUCUCUUGUACACCACAGUCAGUCCCACCUUAAACCCUCUUAUCUACACACUUAGGAAUAAGGAUUUUAAAGCAGCCCUCAAAAAAUGUUUCUAUCUAUUUGGUAAAUAA